AUGUCAUAAAUCUCUAACGUUUCUAAUCCUUAAUUUUAUAGUCCAUAAUCCUCAACUCAUUAGGACUAGUUCAAAAGUGCUUAAGAAAAAAAGACUCCUUUUGAUGAAAAAAGUAUCACACCUAAAAGCAGCACUUUUAAAUAAUUUUAAUUAGACAAUUUUAACGAUUUUAAAGAUUAAUUUCCUAUAAGUAAUACCGAAUUUUAUGCAGAUUGGGCAUAGCCAUAAUAACAAGAAACUCCACAAUCUAAAAGAUAAGAAUUUGGAUUUGAUGAUUUUCCUCAAUUUGAUGAUAAUUAAGUCAAUAAUAGUGAACAAGCUGGUUAAGAUUCGUAUGUAGAAAUGUACAAACAUUUAAGUCAUGGUGAAUAAUAAGUCAUACAUAGAAAAUAAUCAAGAGAUCUUAAUGAUGAUUUUGUUGAUCUUAUGGAUGUAAAGAAUUCUUAAAAUGCUUCAGAAUUGAGUUAAUAAUUUUAAAAGAUUAAUGAAGCUGAAAAAUAUAAAUACAUAAAUCCUGAAUCAUUAGAUCCAUUAGAAAGAAAAAUGGUAUUAAAAGCAUAAGAAAUCUAACCUGAAAAUGCUAAUUUUCCAUUUUUUAGUGAAGUUUCUCCUUCGCCUUAAGUACUUUAACAAUAAUAAUAAAUGGCAUUUACAUUUCAUGAUCCUAAUCUAUUUUAAACAGGAGGAAAUUAAAAUAAUUCCAAUUAACCGGUUGCUUAAUCAUAUACAUUUGCUCCAAGUCUUAAUAAUGAACCUCUAGAUAAUAUUUUCAAUUAACCUUACCCAUAAUAAAUAAAUAUCAAUUAGAAAUUAAAUUUCCAUAAAGUUAAUUCUAAUUCACUUUAAUAAAAUAUAAUUGAAUAACCUAAACUUAUACCUUCAUAAAAGUCUUUACAAGAUGAACUCCCUGGAUCCAAUAUUCCUUCUUAAAAUAGAAAUCAUACUUCAUCUCAACCAUAAUUACCCUUAGGAUAAUAAGCAUUACCUUAAAUAUCUAAAAGCAACCCUUUUAUAUAGGAAUAAUAAGAACCAAAAUAACAAACAAAUUAAUCUCCAAUUUAAUUUUUAGAUUUCAUAUAAAAUAAUUAAUAAAUAUUCAAUCUUAAUUCCGAUUCAGAUAAGAAAUCUUAAUCAAAUAAUAAUAUGAAUAAUUCUAAACCUGAAAUUUAAGAUGAUAAUUCUGAUUUCCCUUGGGAAGAUUAUCUUCCAUAAUAAAGCUCCAAUAAUUAAGUUAAUAAUGAUAAAAACUUUUAAAUUCCAGGUUCUCAAACUAAUUUACCAAAUUAAUUAUCAUAAUAAUAAGAAGUUUCUAAAAAUCCAUAAUAAACUUAAGAGCCAAAAAUUUUAUAAGUUAUGGAAGAUUUUAAUUCCUAACCUGUUACAAAAUAAAUAGUUUAAUCUGAUAAAUUAGAAAGCCCUCAGCAAACAUAAUAUCAAAUUUAAAAAUAACAAUCACUUUCAUAAAUUAAUAACUAGUAAUAAUAAUAAACGAAUUCAUAAUAAUAGUCAUCAAAAUCUUUAGAUAAAGAUAACAUUUUUAGUUAAUUUAAUUAAUAAUAGAUAGAUUUCCCUAUAUUUAAGGACCUUUCUUCUUAGGAAUAGACUCCUAAAAAUUAACCUCAAUAAGAAUAAGCGAUCAAGGCUGCAAGUUCAAUUUCAUCACAUUAAUCUGAUUAAAAUUAAGCUAAGAAUAAUGGUUUUCAACCACCCUAAAUUUAAAAUUUAAUAUAAACAAAUGUAGAUUAGGAUAAAAAAGAUAAUAUUAGCAGAACUAGUUUUUAUUCUUAAGGAUCUGUAAAAUAAUCUUAAAAUGUUGUUCUAGAGCAAUUUAAUGAUUUAGAUAAUACUUAUUAGAAUUAAAGCUAAGAAAUUUAAUAAGUUAAAAAUAGUGAAUCUCUGAAUUUAAGUUAAAAUAAAUAUUAAACCGAAGAAAAUUAACAAUAUACAUAGUUAUUUUUAUAAUAACAGUAAUAGUAGUAGUAAUAAUAAUAGUAGUAAUAAUAAUAUUAGUAAUAAUAAUAAUAAUAAUAUUAGUAGUAAUAAUAAUCUUAGUAGUAAUAAUAAUAAUAAUAAUAAUAAUAAUAAUAAUAAUAAUAAUAAUAAUAAUAAUAAUAAUAAUAAUAAUAAUAAUAAUAAUAAUAAUAAUAAUAAUAAUAAUAAUAAUAAUAAUAAUAAUAAUAAUAAUAAUAAUAAUAAUAAUAAUAAUAAUAAUAAUAAUAAUAAUAAUAAUAAUAAUAAUAAUAAUAAUAAUAAUAAUAAUAAUAAUAAUAAUAAUAAUAAUAAUAAUAAUAAUAAUAAUAAUAAUAAUAAUAAUAAUAAUAAUAAUAAUAAUAAUAAUAAUAAUAAUAAUAAUAAUAAUAAUAAUAAUAAUAAUAAUAAUAAUAAUAAUAAUAAUAAUAAUAAUAAUAAUAAUAAUAAUAAUAAUAAUAAUAAUAAUAAUAAUAAUAAUAAUAAUAAUAAUAAUAAUAAUAAUAAUAAUAAUAAUAAUAAUAAUAAUAAUAAUAAUAAUAAUAAUAAUAAUAAUAAUAAUAAUAAUAAUAAUAAUAAUAAUAAUAAUAAUAAUAAUAAUAAUAAUAAUAAUAAUAAUAAUAAUAAUAAUAAUAAUAAUAAUAAUAAUAAUAAUAAUAAUAAUAAUAAUAAUAAUAAUAAUAAUAAUAAUAAUAAUAAUAAUAAUAAUAAUAAUAAUAAUAAUAAUAAUAAUAACAAUAGUAAUAAGAACCUAAAAUAACUCCAAGAGAUUAGGGAACAAAUUAAGCUUAAGCGAUAAGUUUUUCGCAAAAUAUAACCCCUAAUUCAUCUCCUUAAUUUUUAUCGAUUAAUAAUUCUUCAAAUUCUGCAAAUGAAAAAAAGAAGAACAACCCUUUUGUUGUUUCAGAAACAUAACUUGUUGAAGAUCCUCAGUGGAAAAAGAAUUUGCCUGGAUUUUAUCAAUUAUUGGAUUUUUAAGUCGAAGCAAAUACUGAUGUGAAAAAAUCUUUAGAACCAAUAAUAGAAAUAUAAGACGAAUCACUAACAUAAAGUUAUGUUAAGAAUAGAAAUUCAACUUAAUUUUAAGACAAUACAUAUGAGAAAUCAAUAUAAGAGUCAAAAGUUAUUCAACCUUCAAUAAAAGGUCAAUCACAAGAAAUUCCAUUAGCUCAAAAAGGAAUUCAUAGUGCUAGAGAAAGCAAAGAUAGUAAUAAAGAGCCUAUAAAUACUUAAUUAUUAGUGGAGUAAUUAAUACCAGGUUUACACGAGGUUAUCAGAAAAUCUUUUUAAUAAAAUAUUGACAAUCAAUUAUAAUAAUUGGCAUAACAAUUUUAACAAAAAUUAAAAGAUGAAGAAGAAAAUAACUUUGAUUUUUAUUAAAUAAAAGAGUAAGUAUAAUAGAUGAACAAUUUAGUUUAAGGAUAUGGUAAAAGGUUAGAAUAAAUAACAGAAAAGCUUAAUUAAGAGAAAGAAAAUUAAGAGUCAUAAAAAAUUUAAGACUAAAAUUAAAGUAAAGCUCGUUUUGUUCAAGAUUCUUAAUAAUUACUCUAAUAAUAAUAAAAAUAAAUUUGUUCACCUUUUGAAUUAAAUUUAGAUGAUCACUUUGAAGAAUCUCAAAUAUAGAAUGUUUAAUUUUAGAAUUAGGAUUAGUCAAAUUCAAAAGUAAAAGUUGCUUAAUCAAGCUUAUACAACACAGUUUAAAAGGGUUUUAUUCCUUGUUGGUAAUAAAAUGAAAAAUAGUAAAAUUUUGAAAAACAAAAAAAAAUUGAAAGCUAAAUAAAAUUAGAGUAGGAAGAUAAUUUACCAAAAUAUUAAACAAAUUAUUAAUUUUAAAACUAUUCUCUGAAAGGCCUUUAAGAAUAUGAGAUCCAAAAUUUUAGAAAACAGUGUUUAAGUGAAUAAACAACACUUUUAGACACUUAUGAAUUGAUAGUGACAUUAACAUCAGAAAAUUACGAAUAAAAUGAUAUCUAAGGAUAUAGAACAAUAAUUUUAUUUAAAAAUAAAGCACAAUAUGAUAUCUAAAAUUUAAUUGUUUUAUAUAGUUCCAAUAAAAGUAUAUAUAUAAUAUAUAAUUUAUUAUAGUUAAGGAUGAAUAUACAUUAGAACCUGAGAAAAUAAGUAAAUAAUGUUUAAAUCCAGGAGAGGUCAUUAGAUAGGAGAUUAAAUUUUAAUAUUACGAUAUUUAAAGUGUCUACUUAAAUUGUUACAUAAAGUAUACAAUUAACAAUUAUAAAAUGGGAUACAAUUUUAAUAAAUUAUCUUAGAGUCAAGGACUAUAAGGUACCUAAGAAUAUUAGAAUUUGUUUUUAUCUCAGAUGAACAGUAGAAAUGUUAUAUAAGAGUAUAUAUAUAUAUUAAAUAUUAUUAUUAGAGUGGGACAAUUUAAAAGAAACUUUCAUUUUUGUAUAGCUAGACCAGCAAAUAAAUUUUUUGUUUAAAAUUUUAUAUCAAGUGAUGAAAUUCUGGAUUGUAAAAUGAAAUGUCAAAGUGAAUAGUUUUAUUCAAGAAAGAUUGAUGAGAUGUUAAUAUUUCAUCCAUGGUUAAUAAAAAUAGAUGAUUGUACUGUUGGAGGUAAAGUGUUGAUUUAAUAAAAAAAUCAAACUCAUGAAUUUAUUAUAAAAGUGGUAGUUAAUAAAAAUUAAAAAGGGAUCAUUUUCAUGAAUGGCAUGGAUAUGGAUUAAAAAUUAACUGAGCAUUUUCUUACAUUCUUUGCAUUUCUAUUUAGUAAAUUAUAUUGA